AUGGCAUGCGAAACAGCCAAGGAAUCAUGGGACAAGUUGAGGGAAGAGUUCAUUGGAAGUGAUACUACAAGAAAUAUGCAGGUUUUGAAUUUGAGAAGGGAGUUCAAAACCUUAAGGAUGCAAGAGGCUGAGAAAGUAAAAGAAUAUGUUGAUAGGUUGAUGAACAUUGUCAACAAGAUCAGAUUACUUAGGGUGGAAAUGUUGGACAGCAGAAUAGUGGAGAAGGUAGUGGUAAGCUUGCCGGAAAGGUUUGAAGCCAAGAUCUCAUCCUUGGAGGACUCAAAGGACCUGACUCAGAUCACAUUGAUUGAGCUAGUCCAUGCUCUGCAGGCGCAAGAGCAAAGAAGGCUCCUAAGGCUUGAGGAUGCAAAUGAAGGGGCAAUGUUAGCAACCUAUAAAGGUAAGAAUGGACAAGGGAACUGCAGGAAGUUUGUUGGAGAAAAAAGAGGAAAAGAAAGGGCUAAUAACCAGUGGAACAAAACAGGUGGGAUGAAGAGUUUUCCGGCCUAUUCUCAUUGCAAAAGAAAGGGACAUGCAGAGUACAAAUGCUGGUUCAGACCAGGUAUAAAGUGUAGGGCCUGCAAGCAGUUUGGCCAUGUUGAAAGAGUGUGCAAAAACAAGGGAGAGCAGUCCCAACAGCAAUCUCAAAUAGUUGAUGAACAACAGCCAGUGCAGGAGACAGAACAGCUGUUUGUGGCCUCAUCAAAUCUGGUCCAAACCUGUGAUGAUACAUGGCUAAUUGACAAAUUUGUAAACGCUUUGAUGUAA